GAUAACCAUUUUAUUUUCAAAUUAACUUCUAAAUUUCAAUUCUCAAAAAAAAAUCCUUUACCUCAAAAUGCCUUCAUAUCCAAAAAAUUUCACGGCCCGAACAUCCUCCUCGUACUACUUCCCCAACUCCCGCAGAUCAACAAUCUUAAUCCUAUGUUUUCUUCUCAUUUUUACUGGCUUUUUUUCUGGGUUUAUUGUAAUUUUGAGGCGGGGUUUAGGAUACAACUGUAAAUAUGCUAAGCCCAGAUCUGUUUCUGUUCUUUGGGAUGGAACUUUGAGUGAAGGAAAUGGGCUUUCUGAUGGAGAAUAUAAGAGGCAAAAAGUUAUGGGUUUUGUUGGAAUUCAGACCGGGUUUGGAUCGGUUGCUCGCCGGCGGUCGUUAAGGCAGACUUGGUUCCCCUCUGAUCACCGAGGGCUUCAAAAGUUAGAAGAAUCCACUGGCUUGGCUUUUAGAUUUGUUAUUGGUAAAACGAGUGAUAAGUCCAAGAUGUCAGCGCUCAGGAGAGAGGUAGCAGAAUAUGAUGAUUUUGUGCUAUUAGAUAUUGAAGAAGAGUACAGUAAGCUCCCAUACAAAACCUUAGCUUUCUUCAAAGCAGCCUAUGCACUUUACGAUUCCGAGUUCUACGUCAAAGCUGAUGAUGACAUAUAUUUACGGCCAGAUCGGCUUUCACUGCUCUUGGCCAAAGAGAGGUCUCACUCACAGACAUACGUUGGUUGCAUGAAAAAGGGUCCAGUUUUUACUGACCCCAAGCUCAAAUGGUAUGAACCACUUUCAUCUAUUCUGGGGAAGGAGUAUUUUCUGCAUGCUUAUGGUCCUAUUUAUGCUCUCUCUGCUGAUGUCGUUGCAAGUUUGGUUGCCCUGAGGAACAACAGUUUCCGAAUGUUUAGCAAUGAGGACGUCACCAUUGGUGCCUGGAUGCUUGCAAUGAACGUCAAUCAUGAGAAUAAUAAGCAACUAUGUGAACCAGAGUGUACACCUUCUUCUAUUGCCGUGUGGGAUAUUCCAAAGUGUUCAGGUCUGUGUAAUCCCGAGAAGAAAAUGUUGGAACUUCAUGCAAACGACAUCUGCUCGAAAAGUCCCACUCUACCAUCAGAUGAUGAAUAGAUCCAUCCGCUUUUUCUCGGACUAAUGAGCUUAGUCAAUGUUUACCGCUGGAUUUUAGUUUCCACUGAAAGUCAUUUAUUCAUUUUGUAAGCUGCUUAUGAGGUACACAAAGAAAAAAGGGGCAGUCUGGUGCACACGGCAUCCAGCGUUCAUGCAGGAUCCGGGGAAGGGCCACUGCUUAUGAGGUAGAUAUAAGAAAAAAAAAAUUUCCACCGAUGUUGCACAAAACUUAUAUGGAGUUACAUGGACAGUGAUCGAUGAUUCAUAUAGUCAACCCCUUUGCUUGGGAUUGAGGCGUAGUGUUGUUGUAAUACUGCUGCACAAAGUGAUCAGAAUUUUGAUAGUAAAGGAGAUUCUCUAUUUGUUAC